CAUCGGAAACGACAAUACCUAACUACUACGACCAGCAAGCACCGAAUCAAGAUAACGAGAGAGAUAAUACCUGACGACAAAGGCAAAAGAAGCGGAGAAUGCUAUCCAGGCGAUAGCACCCUGCCGACGUCGUCAAAAAUGCGGAUCGCCGACCGGGCCGUGGCGGUGGUGGUGGUGGACAUCAUAUUCACCACACUGGCCUUUAUUACUGUGUGUUUCCGACUGUUUACGAGGGUGGUCUUGGUUCAGAAUGUUGGGUCGGAUGAUUAUUAUAUUGUUGGGUCGAUGAUAUCGUCGAUCGCCUAUCUUACUGUUGUAAUGAUGCAGAUCAAAGCUGGACUAGGAAGGCAUCUGAUGAGUGAAGAUGAGGUUGUUGGGUUUUUAUACGCCCUAUGGGCAACCAUCUGGAUCUACUCUCUCGCCCUCAUGUUCGUCAAGAUGUCCAUCACAGUCCAAUGCUACCGUGUCUUCCGCACUCCACGGAUGCAAAAGUUCUUCAAGAUCUAUUUCGUUCUCGUCGUCAUCUACGGGCUCUGGACCGUUUUCGGCACUUUCUUCACCUGCUGGCCCAUCAAUCUCUGGUGGGAGAUGGUCCGGCGCGAACGGGCUCCCAAGGGGGCGUGCAUGGACAAGAACAUCAUCACGUUUGCCAAUGCGGGAAUCAACAUUGCGUCGGACUUGGUGUUGGCGAUCAUCCCCAUUCCGCUGCUGUGGAAGCUGCAGAUCCCCAAGAAACAAAAGUUGGUGCUGACGAGUCUGUUUGGCAUGGGCAUGUUUGCGAGUGUCAUGAGUAUCGUGCGACUGUCGUCGCUGCAGCAGAUUGGGGCGGCGCCGGCGGAGGAACAGUCUGUCAUGGGCGUCUCCAUAGCCAUCUGGUCCUGCAUCGAAGUCAACAUCGCCAUCAUGUGCGCCUCCGCUCCGGCACUUAAGCCCCUCGUCAUCAAAGUCUUCCCCAAGAUGCUUCUUUCCGAUCUGUACGCCAAGACAAAAGGCGCUUAUGACGCAUCCAAAAGAUCCAAGUUGGGCGGCGGCGGCGGCCACGGCGGAAAAUAUGGACAUGGACACGGAGACGGCAAAUCAUCCGAGCAAUCAGGUAAACGAACGCAUAACAGAUCAGCCCAUAGUAUCGGCGGUAGUGCCAUGCGCUCUGGCAGCAAUCACCGUUGUCGACCGGGUGAGAUCCAGGUGGAGCACGAGAUUGAGAUGAAGAGUGUGCCGAUUAGUGAGGUGUUGGGCGAGGGCGGUGGUGGUGGUCAUCAUCAUGGGAGCAACAUGCCUUUACAAAUGAACGCAACAGGGUCGGAGGAAGAUAUCCCGGGGAGGAUCAGUCCAGCGGGGAGCGAGAGGAAAUUGGUCUGGCAGGAUGAGUUUCCUUAUCAUGAGUCGGGGCAGGGGCAGGGACAGGGACGGGGAGGCCCAGUGGGGAUGGCGAGGGGAUUGCCGGAGAGGGGGAUGGGAAUGGGAAUGGGAUUGGGACAUGGGAAGAAGGUGACGACUAUUACGACUUGUGUGGCGACGAGCAGGCAGGAGACGAGUAGUAGGCAGGAGGCGAGGGAGGCUAAAGAGAGGGAGAUGGUUUGAGGAUUACCUAGGUACAGACAGGUAUGAUUAAAUGGGGAUGGAAUAAGGUACCCCGAAUGAAUUAAGGAUUGGAGGAUGAUUUUCUUUUGUU